AUGAGCGACAGUGAAGACUUCACGGCGCCCACAAGUUGGUGGUUCGCAUCCACGGCAUGUCCCUUACUAGCGGCCACCUUCGGACCUGUUGCCAGCGCCUUCAGCAUUUGUGCCUUGGUCUAUCACUGGCGAGAGUAUAUCCCACCUGGCACUUUAGAGGCAUCCGGCCGCAAGGUUCUCGAUCCCAGCUGGCUUCUUGCUUUGAAUGCUCUUUCUCUGGUCUGCGCGCUGGUUGGCAAUGUAGCGCUGCUACUCAACAUGACCAGAAGGCUCAAGUUCUCUACGGCGCAGCCCAYCACCAUUUCGGGCUUCUUCCUUGCAGGAGUACUUUUGAUAGCAGACAUGGCUGCGUUGACCUCUCUCCCUGCUCACUACGACACAGCCACUUCCCCAAAGGUUCCAGGUGCAAGAUUCACACUGACCGGAGCUUUCUACUUCGCAAUCUUUGCGGCCACAUUGUACAUCAUUAUUGGUCUGCUAAUGUGUCUUACUGUACACGGAGCUCACAAGCGRUACUAUCCAAAAGACUUCAAUCUUACGCCCGCCCAGAGAACGUUAAUGAUUCAGACCAUGGGCUUCGUUACUUAUUUACUGCUCGGUGCAUUGGCACUCAGCAAAWUUGAGGGCUGGAGAUACCUUGAUGCAGUCUACUGGGCCGAUAUGACUUUGCUCACCAUUGGCUUGGGCGACUACUCGCCUCACACCACAGUUGGACGAGGUUUGAUUAUCCCAUUUGCCAUUGGUGGUGUGCUCAUGGUUGGUCUCGUCAUUGGAAGCAUUCGAUCCCUUGCACUGGAGCACGGGAAAGAAAAAAUGGUUGCGAGAAUCAUCGAGAAUAGGCGGGAGUCCGCUAUCCAUAGUGUGGACGGCCGGAAACAGACCAUCAAGAUUUCAUGGUUUGCGCGGGCCGACUUUAGCACCGACCCAUCGCUGUCUCCGGCACAGAGAAGAGAGGAAGAAUUCAAAGUCAUGCGUCAAGUACAGAAAAGCGCAGAAACGGAGCGCGGCUAUGUUGCAUUGGCAACAUCKCUUGCCUUUGCACUCCUGCUUUGGUUCGCCGGAGCGGCGAUUUUUAUGGUUGCCGAGGAAAGACAGGGCUGGACUUAUUACCAAUCUGUUUACUUCACCUUCACUGCGCUGCUGACCAUUGGCUACGGCGACUUCACGCCCGAAUCGAACGCGGGAAAAGCUUUCUUCGUGCUUUGGUCGUUGCUCGCCAUUCCGUCAUUGACCAUCCUGAUCUCGGACAUGGGCGACACGAUCGUGAAAUGGUUCUCCGAUAUUGCUACCUGGAUCGGCUCUGUGACCGUUCUUCCUGAUCCAGGCGGCGCCAAAAUCACAGCGAAGGCCUUCCUGCAGCGAUUCGAUGAGAAGUGUGAGCAGAUCCUCUCCAAAUACACUCCGUUCGGUCGGAAGGUGGGCACGAAGCAUUUACACCGGAUGGACGCACGCGAGCACGAGGAGCUGAUGCUCAGAUCGCUUGCGGACAUGUUGGAGGCGCACGUCGAACAGGACGAAUACGACGAGGCCAUGAAUGCAGAGUUCAAAGGCGAAGUUCUUGAGCGCGACAUACACUUUUACAACUAUGUCCUGUCCAGGGAGCACCACAAAGUUCAGAAAGACAUUUUCGCCUCGCCUGCCAAGCAGUACUCAUGGAACGAGUGGGAGUACUUUCUCAAGUUGAUGGGCAGUGAAGAAGACCAACGAGACGUUCCGGGCACAGAGGAUGUCGAAGGUUUUGUUCCCGGGCCUUUGCAACCUGGAGCAAGCUUCCGCGAGCGAUCGACGACCGACGACAUGAUAACCGCAGAGGAUGAGGGAAAAGAUGGUGCUGUGGAUCGCAAAACCGAGCUCYGUACACACCACGCUCGGCAUGGUGAAGAGAGCAAGCAUAAGCUAAAGCUACGUCGUCGUCCAACAGAUGACCCUCUGUCGGAGUGGUCAUGGCUUUCUGAGCAGAGCCCAUUGAUGAGCAGCAAGACUGAAAGCGAAUGGAUCGCUGGUCGUCUCUCUGCCGCUCUGGUUCGGGAGAUGAACAGGCAGCGCAAAGGACAUAAGCGCCGGCCCCCUGUGAGUAUGGUACACCUUACCCACUCCAAAAAACUGUCUGAAAAGAGGGAGGAAACACAGCAAAAGUAG